UCUCCGAAAUAUUAGAGAUUUUUUCUGUUUUUUUUUUAUGUUCUUCUUUGUCCUCUACAAUUAACACGGCCAAGCGAAUAAAACCUCGGAGCCGAUGAUGCGAGUCGGCAACCAAAGAACAUUUGGAUCCAUUCGGAUCCGACAGGUUAACAAGGCGUCGUGUGAUUCGCCGGGAUGCCGCCCGCCCGUUUAGGACGAGACAAGGAAGUGGACGUCGAGAUUCGCGUCGGGAUGCUGAGCUCCAGAUCGGGUUCGCAGGGCCGUUCAUCAUUACGGUGCUCCAAGUAGUCCCGACCGAACUCGCAUGGAACGCAAUCCGACGAGGCGGCGCCGGCGGCGUUCACGCUUCGCGGUGGAUCUGGAAACAUCUCUCUCUCUCUCUCUCUCUCUCUGCUGUCGUCGGUCACGGCUCCGUCUCGAGGGCUGCGACGAUCCGGCACAUUUUACUUGUGUGUGUAAGCACGUGCACCGAAAGGAGCGAAAUUCACAGCACCUGAUGCAAGAUGGUCAAUCAUUAGGCAUUGCUGCCACCACUAUAGUCGGUUGUCUGGUUUAUGCUGCUUCUCAAGGGAUAUUAGCAUUCAUUUUGAAUUUGGGUAACAGAGAGCAGUCUACGAUGGGGAUGAUAAGAAGCAGUUUCUCUUUUUUGCUGGAAACUGGCUGUGGUAUUUACAUAGCCCAGAACUACAACGUCCCAAACAUAAAGAAGCUCAUAAGUACUUGGAUGUUUGUAGCAAAUCACAUAGAAGAAACCUACAGGAAACCUAACAAGGAUGUCAUCAGAAGGUAUCGAGAAACCAUGGCGGAUGAUACUUGAAGGUCACUACCAUGCCUUUUUUUCAACCUCCUCAUGCUUAGCCACAGUUACAGUGCUUCAAUUGCCUUGCUUUCCCUUGUUGAAGCUUUUGAAACUUCCAUGCGGGCCACUGCUGCGCGUGGAAAACCUUGAUGCAACUCUUUUGUAAACUUUUUUACUUACAUAGGGCUAUGUAAAUACUCUAUAUGUCCUUCCAAUUUUAUCGGGCGUCUUCAGAGUGACAUCAGUUUUGAAGACAACUAACAUUGAUAUAUAAUCUAAACAUUUGUCGGGGGAGGUUCCGAAUUUUUAUUUUUAUUUUUAACUUUCAUA